AUGAAGUUUUUGAGUAUUCUUGUACUAUUGGCUGCUGCCACGUCAUGCGUGGAUUCUUACAAGAUUCUGAUGUACAGUAAUCUAUUUGGACAUAGCCAUGUGAAGAUGUUAGCGGCGGCGGCUGAUGUUUUAACAGAUGCAGGUCAUAAUGUGACUGUCCUAAUGCCAGUUAUGGAUCCAAUGCUUCGCAAUAAAACGUCUCUCAAAUCGACGAAGAACACAAUUUUCGUGGAAGCCGGUGAGAAUGUCGAGGAGCUGAUGGAGGAGAUGAGAGAGUUUUUGACCAAUUUGUGGACCGCUGACAAUGCUAAUCCUUUGGUCAUGUUGGCGAAAGCCGGAGACAUGGCGAGAGUAUUCAGUGAGCAAUGCAAGCGAGUGAUGUCUGAACCUGGCCUAAUUGAGAAACUGAAGGCCGAGAAUUACGAUUUGGCAAUUACGGAACCGUUUGAUACAUGUGCUUAUGCUCUAUUCGAAGCGAUGAAUGUCCGAGCCCAUGUGGCAAUCCUCUCUGCAAGUCGAUUCGAUCAUGUCACCGAAGUGAUCGGGCAACCAAUUGCUGCUAGUUAUGUGCCAGGAACCCAGUCGACUAUGGGAGAUCGGAUGACGAUGGGAGAGAGACUUGGAAACUACAUCCAAUAUUUCUUCGGAAGUUAUUUCUUCACAAAUCUCGGAGAUGCUGAUUUCGAAGCUGCCAAGACUAUUGUUCCAAUUAAGAGAUCGUGGAGGGAAGUUCUACCAGAAGCCUCAUUCAUCCUCACCAACCAAAUUCCACUUCUCGAGUUCCCAGCUCCAACUUUUGACAAAAUAGUUCCAAUCGGCGGAUUAUCUGUGAAAACUGAAAAGAAACAUUUGAAACUCGACGAGAAAUGGUCAAAAAUUCUCGGAAUUCGCAAGCACAACGUCUUCAUCUCUUUCGGCUCCAACGCAAAAUCCAUGGACAUGCCAGAUGAAUUCAAGAAAUCUCUUCUCGAAGUUUUCAAAGCAAUGCCGGAUACCACUUUUAUUUGGAAGUACGAAAAUGAGAAGGAUAAAAUCGUGGAUCAUUUGGAUAAUGUUUAUUUGGGAGAGUGGCUUCCACAAAACGAGUUGUUGGCUGAUCCAAGACUUUCGGUAUUCAUCACUCAUGGAGGAUUGGGAUCCGUCACUGAGUUGGCAAUGAUGGGGAAGCCGGCAGUAAUGAUCCCUCUAUUCGCCGACCAGGGACGUAACGGACAGAUGCUCAAGCGUCACGGAGGAGCUACAGUACUCCACAAAAACGAUUUGGCUAACCCAAAACUUGUUCGAGCGACGUUGGAAGAAGUCAUCAAGAAUCCAAAAUACAGACAGAAUGCCGAACGACUAGCUGAAAUGCUCACCAAUCAACCGACGAGUCCAAAAGAGACAUUGGUAAAAUAUGUGGAGUUUGCGGCAAGAUUCGGAAAACUGCCAUCUCUCGACAAUUAUGGACGACAUCAAUCUUACAUUGAGUACUUUUUCCUUGACAUCAUUGCCAUUGCAACCGUCAUCUCUCUGACUUCCCUUUACAUUUCCUAUCGCAUCUUCCGAGUUGUUCUUCGUAAGAUUUUCUGCUCAAAAUGCUCUGAAAAGAAAAGCAAAAAGGAGUAG